CAAUCGGACAUAACCUAAAACUUUACUAUCUUUGUGCAUAAUGCGGGCGUUAGAGUAGGAUUUUCAUUUUACCACGUUUAUCAUUUAGCACGAUCAGGCCCCCGUGAAAUGAUCAUAAUGUCGCGACUUUUCGAACAGUACGGAGAAUUCUGUGCCACUCAUCCCUAUGAGGUUAUAUUCGCUGUUGUCACCCUGACAGCCAGUUUUUUGACCAUAGAAAGAUCCCAAACUCCGGUAAUAUCUAGUAACAAUGAUUUUAACGCCAUUAAUAUUGUUUGCAUGACAAUUAUACGUUGCUGUGCAAUUUUAUACAGUUACCAUCAAUUUAGAAAUCUUCAGAAACUAGGCUCAAAAUAUAUACUAGGAAUAGCUGGUUUGUUUGUGGUGUUUGCAAGUUUCGUUUUCACAUCCACCGUACUCAAUCUUUUACAAAUCGAGUACGCCCAACUGAAGGAUGCGUUGUUUUUCUUUCUACUACUCAUUGACCUGUCAAAAGCUGCAUCUUUGGCACAGUUUGCUUUAACUGCCACAAGUAAGGAGGAAAUUAGUAAAAAGAUCGCAAGGGGAAUGUCCGUACUUGGUCCCCCAGUUACAUUAGAUACAGUGGUCGAGGCUCUUGUUAUAGGAGUGGGUACCUUGUCAGGUGUUGAUCGGCUAGAGAUUGCAUCAUACUUUGCUUGCCUUUCGGUCAUAGUGAAUUACAUCAUUUUUAUGACUGUCUAUCCGGCCUGCCUGUCUCUGAUGUUAGAAUUGGUGAGAAUCACCAAUUACUAUGGAGAAAACCACCCUGGUAUUAAAAAACUGUUACUAGAUGAACAUGAAAAGUCUAAUCCAGCUGUCCAAAGAGUUAAAAUAAUAAUGUCAAUGGGCUUAAUGGUUGUGCAUAUAUACAGUAGAUGGAGUAUUGACAAUGAACACAGAAGUGGUCAAAUUUAUGUUGAUAAUGGCACAGGUUGUGCUGAUGAUUCCUCUUAUUAUGGACUGUUUGUGAAACAGUUACAAAUUAGUUUGGAUCACAUUGUAAUCUUAACACUACUCACUACAUUAAUGGUCAAGUUCAUAUUUUUUGAAAGCAAGGAUAACACAUGUAUAAGAGAACAGAUUAAAAAGGACACUUUGGAAGAGUUACAGAGAAAAAUUACUAGCCACAGGGUCAGGACAAUAUCAUCUAAUGUUGAAGUUCAAACCGAUAAUUUGUAUCAGGUCCAAAGAUUUGAAGAUUCAGACGCACCAACUGCUGAUGUGUGCAGGAAAUUGAAGGACUGCUUGCAGAUUUACAGAUCAGAAGAGGGGGCAGACCAACUUAGUGACAAUGAAAUAAUCCUCCUUGUUGACACCAAACACAUUCCAGCUUAUGAUCUUGAAAAAGCACUUAGAAACCCAGAGAGAGGUGUAAAAAUUCGUCGUAAGAUUGUACAAAACCAACUUAAAACCAAUGCUCUUGAAAAUUUGCCAUACAGGGAAUAUGACUACAGCAAAGUAAUGGGCGUGUGCUGCGAAAAUGUUGUGGGUUAUGUGCCCAUGCCAUUGGGAGUAGCCGGACCGUUAUACUUGGAUGGAAAGAUGUUUUAUAUUCCAAUGGCGACUACUGAAGGAUGUCUAGUGGCAAGCACCAACAGAGGUUGUAGAGCAGUCGAAAAAUGCGGAAUCAAAAGUCGCAUAGUCAAAGACGGGAUGACCCGAGGUCCGGUCGUGCGUUUUCCAUCUGUAACAAAAGCAAGCGAGGCAAUGACGUGGUUAAAUGAUCCGGAAAAUUACGCCCUAAUCAAACAAAGCUUCGAUUCCACUAGUAGAUUUGCCCGCUUGUUAAAAAUAUCCAUACACAUAGCAGGUCGUUACUUAUUUAUCAGAUUUGUUGCAGAAACAGGUGACGCAAUGGGGAUGAACAUGCUUAGCAAGGGUACGGAACAAGCACUCAAACGUUUACACCGGGAGUUCCCAGAAAUGGAAAUCCUCAGUUUGAGUGGCAAUAUUUGCACUGACAAAAAGCCCUCUGCUAUAAACUGGGUCGAGGGAAGGGGUAAAACUGUUGUAUGCGAAGCGAUUAUACCAGCAGAAGUCGUUCUAAGUGUCUUGAAAACAAACACACAUUCUCUUGUAGACCUCAAUAUCUCCAAGAACAUGAUCGGAUCUGCUAUUGCGGGCAGCAUUGGUGGUUUCAACGCCCACGCCGCAAAUAUUGUUACUGCCAUAUUCAUAGCAACAGGCCAAGAUCCCGCCCAAAAUGUGGCGAGCAGCAAUUGUAUUACAAUCAUGGAACCGUGGGCGGAAAAUGGUCAGGAUCUGUAUAUUUCUUGCACUAUGCCUUCUCUGGAAAUCGGUACGGUGGGCGGUGGUACGGUUUUGCCUGCACAAGCCGCGUGUUUAGAUAUGUUAGGAGUUAGAGGUCCUCACGAGACAGAACACGGAGAAAACGCCAAGCAACUGGCCCGUGUAAUUUGCGGUGCCGUUUUGGCUGGGGAGUUGUCUUUGAUGGCGGCGUUGGCCAGUGGACAUUUGGUUAAAAGCCAUUUAAGAUACAAUAGGUCGUACUCUGAAAAGGAUUCAGUAUCUAGCGGUUCUUGUGAUACAUAGCUUUCUUGUUAUAGUAUUAUCCCAACAAAAUAUAGAUUUUAAGACACAUUUAUACCAAGUUUUCGAGUUACUCUGGUAUUGUGUUCCUCAUUUUACGAACUUACGCUAUUAGAUCUACUUAAUUUUAUUUGUACAUAUUUAUUAUAUUUAUGAGACUUUAGUACAAACGAAUAUACAUUUUACUCGA